UACUAGUAUUCUAUGGUAGUUCUCUAUCAACCGUGUUAAUUGACUUUUGAGUUGUGUUUACUAUUUACAAAACAUAAUUAAAUUACUUUGAACAGUAAACUGUAAAGUUAACGUUUAACGAUGAAGUAAUGAAAACCUUUCAAUUGAGUUUGCAUUCCAAGUUCGGGUGGAUGAAUAUUUUAUUUUAAACUUUUCAUAAAACGGUUUGGACUUUCAAUAUUAAUUUUUCUAUUCAAUGUGGCCACCUGAUGUUUAAAAAAAAACACAACUCCUACAAUUUAAUAUUUUAUGUAGAUUUUCACGGUUGACGCUGUUGACAGUUUAGUCGUUUGUUUUAUUGUUCUUAUUGUACACUAUAUACAUUAUUCAUAUAUCUUUUUAAUUCCACUAAUUCCGUCAAUAUGUAUGCCCGAAGUAAAACUCCCAGUAUGGGAACGCCGUCUGUGUACUCGAUACACGCUAGUCAAUUGACUAUCCGAUCUUCUAAACUGCGGUCAACGCGUUCCAUGAAAUCUUUACGUGUGCCAUGGUACCAACGUCCUAUAUUAAAAGAUGCUUACUUCCUUGAUAUACAGAAAGGUGCACUUGUCGUUGCCUUCUAUUCAUUGUUUCUAAGCAUUUUUACAUUGGUAACGUCCGCGUUUGAUACAUAUUGUUUGGCAAUGGCUGCUCCUGGAUCUACUCAUUAUGGUUACCAUGUCAUAAGCUAUCAGUUUGUAUAUGUUGGAAGCUCUUGGGUUAGAAAUUUAUUGGUCUUGUUCUCAUUGUUUUCGUUUGUUGUGGCAGCUGUUAUUUUUGUGACAAGUUUGAUUUUAAUAUCUGCAUUACGCAAGGAGCACGAGAAACGGAUUGUGCCUUGGUUAUUUUCAUUUUCUGCAUUUACAGUAUUUCGAUUUAUUGCUUGGUUGUUUUCUUCAAUAGCCAACGAUCCCAUAUUUGGAUAUAAUUUCUCCAUGAUUUUGCUGGGUGCAUUGUUCAGUGUCAUCAAUGUAUACGGCUGGAUACUUGUAUAUUCUUUGUAUUUAGAACUGUUUGAUUUGACUAAGCUUGAAGAUUUAGCACAUUUGAGAAUGGGAACUAUGGCCUCGCUGAAUGCAUCUACAACACUUUCUUUAGCUGGAUCUCGUCCUACUACUCCGCAUAGUACUGUUUCCACUGUUCCAGUAUAACAUGAUACAAUAUUUUAUUGACACAUCAGACAGAGAAAUGUAGUAUUUAUUAUUUUAUUUUUAAACUACAGUAUAGUCACUAAUCUAGACUCGAUACAGAUCCGGACAACCGGACUAGCUAGGUCUGGAUUAGCGAGACUCCACUGUAUUUUAGUUAGUAGGUAUUUGUAUUUACACUUAUUUAUUUUAUUAUUUUAUUUUAUUUC